GGGUGUGCGGCGGGCGGGCGGCCGGGGGCUGCACUUUGCUUCGGGACAGCGGCCGGUGAGCCCCCAGCCCAGCCGGGCCGCUCCUCCGCCGCAGGGACAAGCCCCCCGUCCCCCCGAGCGAGGGGCGCAGCGCUGCCCGGCCAUGAUGCUGCCCGCGGCCGGUCCCAGCGCCGCGCAGACCUGCGGGGCCGUGCUGGUGUCCGCCGUGCUCCUGCAGUCCGUCUGCGUGGCCAUCACCUUCCUCUACUUCACCAACGAGCUCAAACAGCUCCGGGACACGUACUCCAAGAGCGGCAUUGCUUGUCUCACCAGUGAGGAAAUGGGAGAUUUCAUCCAAAACUUGGAUCUAACUGAAAGUGAAGACAGAGUGGCUGAUCCCUGCUGGCAAGUAAAGUGGCACCUGGGAAAGUUAAUUAAAAAGAUGAUGUCAAGAAGCUAUGAGGAAAACAUAUCUGCAGUCAACGCUGAAGGAGCCCUGAUGCUGCCGACGGACAGGCAGCCCCCACGCAGCCCCAGCAACAGGAUCGCGGCGCAUCUGACGGGCAACAGCAAUAGGAAGAAUUCCCUGUCCCCGUCCCCACGCAUAGAUUCCUCACCCAGAAGAGGGAACGGACAAAAACUAAACAACUGGGAGUCCUCCAGGAAAGGCCACUCUUUCCUUCACAACGUGGAGCUGAGAAACGGCGAGUUAGUGAUACCCCAGAUGGGCUUGUAUUACAUCUACGCACAAACUUACUUUCGUUUCCGUGAAAAUGAGAAUGAGGAUUCAGAUUUGUUGGCCCAGAUCAGGAACCCCAAACAGCUUGUCCAAUAUGUUUACAAACUGACUAACUACCCAGAGCCCAUUUUGCUUAUGAAAAGCGCAAGAACAAGCUGCUGGUCUAAAAAGGCAGAAUAUGGACUUUAUUCCAUCUACCAAGGUGGCGUGUUUCAGCUGAAAAGAGAGGACAGGAUUUUUGUCUCUGUCAGUAAUGGUGACAUAGUUGACAUGGACAAGGAAGCAAGUUUUUUUGGAGCCUUUAUGAUCAGUUAAAAGGUGAAAACGGUGCUCCAAAAGGAGCCAGUUUUCCUAGUCAGGACCGGCUUAAAAUUCUGUAAAAUAGGGGAUAAUAAGCAAACACUGUAGCAAUACCGACAAUACCAAAGUCCCCUUUCUCAGCUCACUCAGCGCCAGGUCCGACCAUGCCAGACACCCUCCCAGCAGCUGGGAAGGAGCAGCAGCAGCUGGCUGCAGCUAUGCUGGCGAUGCUCUGUGCGGGCACGGGCACCACGGCUCGCCGCCCCGCCAGGCCGGGGAUGUGUGAGGAUUUCGCACACCACAGAUGAUACCUUCAUCCAGAACCCCAGGCAGGUAAGCGCUCGCCACCACCUCCGCAGAGAUGCUCCCUAGCUGGCUCAGCCGUGGCAGGUGGGAUGGAGGAUGCUCCAUCACGUUUUAUUCGUGGUCUCCAUUGGGAUCCUGUCUGCAAGUACUGCUUCCCAGAUGCCCAUGGAAUUCCUCUGGAAGUUUUUGUUUGAACCUGAGUUUUAGAAAAGUUAAAAGGCCAUCAGAAACUCAAACUGCACAUCUUCACCUCACCUAACAAAGCACUUAAGCGCCUAAUUAAUUUUAAGCACACAAAGAGUGUGUCUAAGCCAGGGUAUUUACGUGCUUGAAACUAAAUAUGUGCUUAAGCGUUUUUCAGGAUCAUGGCUUGAGUAAACACAUUAGUCUGUCUUAAUCAGGAUAUUGUACAUAAAAACAACUGCUGAAAUGGCACAGAAGAGGUUUUGAAAUCAAUUACUAUUUUGAUCAGUGCAUUAUGAUAGCGCCUAUUUACUUCAUUGCUGUACUGCAAAGAUUUCACCCCGCUUCCAACAGGUUCAGUAAUGCUGUAAAACUGUUGACAGCAGUUGAUCCAGAAAAAAAGGUGUUUUUCUGUAAAUACUGAAUUCCAUUGAGACAUUUGCCACAAAUUAAGCAUGACAUGGUUCUUCCAUGUUUAUUUGUACUGGCCUGUAUUUGGUAGGAUGUAAUGUGAAAUAACACCCCAAUGACUAAUAUCUUAAGGAGAACAGACACAACUAUCUGUACUUGAUCGAGAGCUGCAUAUUUAGGUAAUGCUGUUUUGAUUUUACUUUAUUUUUAGAAAUGGGUGGGAAAUUCUCAUAGUUUUGUGUAAACCAUAUUUUUUUUAAAAAAAACUGGCCACUAUAUUUUCUAACUCUUACAUUAAAAAAAUAUAAUAAAGGAAAACGAAAGAUUUGCAAGUGUAAGCUAGACACAGCAAAAGUCAGGCAGCAUAAAUCAGUACAUCUGCAGCCCUGUCAGUGGAGCGAUGCCAGUUUGCACCACAAACGCAUUUUGCCCAGGUUCAGAGAAAAUAGCGGGGAAAAGAAGGUGAAAGUGGAAAAAAAUUGGAGGGAAAGGAAGACGGUUAUUCUGCACAUGUUACUGUAUGUCAACAGAAUGAUGUCAGGGGAAAGUCUGGUUGUCUCCUUUUUUUUUUCUUUUUCUUUUUUUAAUACACUAAUGUUGCUGUGGGAACCCUCACAUUCAUCUCCCCAUUCUGGUAAUUAAAUCACCCUACAGCCCUUGCAUACGGGCCUCGUGAGUAAAUGGGCAUCGUUCAUCUUACUACUUUGUCAACAAGAGGAAAUGAAUAGGCAUAAGCCCCUGCAUUUAUUUGCCAUUCCGAAAAGCAGGUACAUUGGUGCCCUUAAAUACCUGUGUUUGAGCAGCCAGAGAAGAAUUUCAGGAAUACCCUCCAUUUCACAAGUUAGGGCAAAGAAACACACUGCCGUAAGCCUAAACCGAUGAGUUUUAACUUUUGCCUGCUGUUUUAAUGUAGCGUCACACAUACUGUUUUCAGUGGCAAACACAUGAAAUUCUCCAUCGUUUACUGGAACACUUUGGUUUGCCCCAUUCUCAAAUCACCUGUUUCAACAGAGAUCAGAAAAAUGUUUCUACAGUUCUCUUUUUGAUUUCAGUAUUGUAUUCAGAAAUUUUCUGCCUGCCAGAAAAUGCUGGGGAGAACAAAACCAUUCCCUACAUAUCUGGGUGUUUGCUACAUUGGAGAAAUGACUUUUGUAGGUUCACUUUGCAAACGGACCGGGCUUUUCCAUCUCGGCACAGGAUUGACCCAUGUUAGCAGGUUUGAGGUUAUUUUCACAAUUUAUUAUAUUUAAAAGUUAAUUAUUAAAUUUUUUUAAGAAAUGUUAUUUUAGGAGCUUAUUUGAAAGAAAAGUUAUUUGAACUGUGAAAAAUUAUUUUGGAUGUACUGGUGACAGCUUAGAGUCAGAAACUCUCUCUGGCUAAGAACCGAUUUGUGUAAGAGCCCUAGUGGCUGCUAGAAAGGACUGGAAGGAAACCGUGGGGGACUCCACAAACUUUCAGCUGAUGCUGAGAGAAACUAUUACACACCGAUUUUUUUGCUGCAUGUUCUCCCCUCGGCUCUCAUUAUGUAACACUGUGCCCACUGUCACUUGGGGAAUGCUCCCUGGCAUUGCCUGCCUUUUGUAUCUAAAUGUACAUGUUCUUGUUCUCUGCAUGCAGAGCAUAUCGCAACAGGGAUCACACCAAAUAAUCCUAUUUUAUUCCUGAGUAAUCCAAAGGCAUGCUUGCCGAUGUUACUUUGGGGGGAGAUUAUCAAGGAACAUCAGAUGGGACGCAUUUGAAGAUGAAUGGAAAGACAGAAACUUCUGUUUGUACAUUUGCACGCUGAAUCAUACUUUUCAUCUCACUUUACCUUGAAUGGCGAAUGUAGCAAAUUUUUAUUUGUGGUUAUAGGUUGUGGUAACAUGUAAAUAGUGUAAUUUUUCUACAUGCAUUUUAUAUAAAACAUUUUUAGUAAAUA